CGCCGCCAGGGGGCGCCGCAGGCCGCUUGGUGCUCGCUCGCGGCCAAGAGCGCCAGCUCCGGCGAGCGGUUGGGGUCGGCUUGGCGGCGACCAUGGACCGCUUCGUGUGGACCAGCGGCCUCCUGGAGAUCAACGAGACCCUGGUGAUCCAGCAGCGCGGGGUGCGCAUCUACGACGGCGAGGAGAAGAUAAAAUUUGAUGCUGGGACCCUCCUUCUUAGUACUCAUCGACUCAUUUGGAGAGAUCAGAAAAAUCAUGAGUGCUGCAUGGCUAUUCCUCUUUCCCAAAUUGUGUUCAUUGAAGAACAGUCGGCUGGAAUUGGGAAAAGUGCCAAAAUAGUAGUUCAUCUUCACCCAGCUCCUCCUAACAAAGAGCUCGGUCCGUUCCAGAGCUGUAAGAAUUCCUACAUUAAACUCUCCUUCAAAGAACAUGGCCAGAUUGAGUUUUACAGGCGUUUGUCAGAGGAAAUGACACAGAGAAGAUGGGAGAAUAUGCCAGUUUCCCAGUCAUUACAAACAAAUAGAGGACCCCAGCCAGGAAGAAUAAGAGCUGUAGGAAUUGUAGGUAUUGAAAGGAAACUGGAAGAAAAAAGAAAAGAAACUGACAAAAACAUUUCUGAGGCCUUUGAAGACCUCAGCAAGCUGAUGAUCAAGGCUAAGGAAAUGGUGGAGUUAUCAAAAUCAAUCGCUAAUAAGAUUAAAGACAAGCAAGGUGACAUCACAGAAGAUGAGACCAUCAGGUUUAAAUCCUAUUUGCUGAGCAUGGGAAUAGCUAACCCAGUUACCAGGGAAACCUAUGGCUCUGGCACACAGUACCACAUGCAGCUGGCCAAACAGCUGGCUGGAAUACUGCAGACACCUUUAGAGGUAAAAACAAAACCUCACAUCACUAUUAAUUUGCAGUGUAAACUGGAUUUUUUUCCCCAUUAGUUGCUCUCACCAGAAGAUUUAGUGAACGCAUGCAAGAUGCUGGAAGCUCUGAAAUUACCUCUCAGGCUCCGAGUUUUUGACAGUGGCGUCAUGGUAAUUGAGCUUCAGUCCCACAAGGAAGAGGAAAUGGUGGCCUCAGCCUUGGAAACAGUUUCAGAAAGAGGAUCCCUAACAUCAGAAGAGUUUGCCAAGCUUGUGGGAAUGUCUGUCCUCCUGGCUAAAGAAAGGUUGCUUCUUGCAGAGAAGAUGGGCCAUCUUUGCCGAGACGACUCAGUGGAAGGCUUACGGUUUUACCCAAAUUUAUUUAUGACACAGAGCUAAGGGUUUUGUGUUUGAAAUACUUCUUAUCCAUAUACUUGUGUCAUGUGGAGGUUGUAUCACAUUGAGCAAAGAGUAAACCCUGAGAAUAAAUUGAGAAUUUACUGGAACUUCACAGUAUAAAACCCUUUAAAUUUUUCCUUAAAUAUUAUGGUCCAGGAAUUUAAUUUAGGAUAUAGAUAGGAACAAAAUGAAUUCAAAUGUGAAUUUGAAAUCUUGCUACAAUUGUCUAGAACCCUCAGAGUUUAACUUGAAAUGUGGUGGAUUUUAACUUGAACCUUAAAUCUAACCAUUUUUUAAAGAAAGAAAUUUAGUUCAUGGGGGAAGAGAAAGAGAAGUUGCAUGCUUUGACAGGUUAUGUCAUUAUCUUGGUGUGACUAAAAUUCACUGCAUUACAAAUAAGUGAAGUUUUUUUCUGUUUCUAAUGUGCCCAUUUUGGGGAUUUUCAUGAAACAAGUCGAUCAUACAGUGUAGUUUAAGAACCUGACAACACUGGAACCAAAUAUCAAACUGUGGAAACAUGGGCAGCUCCCCUUAAGGGCUUUUCUUUAGAAGCAGUCAUAAGCAUGUCUUAAAGACCAAAUAAAACAUCUUACAGAAGGACAGAAUUUUAUUUGCUCACGUACAUAUUAUCUGAGUAGUUUCUUUUUUUUUAAGUGAUGAUUUCAUGGCUGGCAUUUAAAGAAUGCAACUAUGUCAUUUUGUUUUAAAACUGCUGUGGAUUUUGAAACUGAAUUAAAGAGCUGUAUAGACAUGCCCAGAGAUACGAUUACUAAUUUGGGAAGUAGAUGGCUCAGGAAUUCCCUAGGAUUGUGUGUGGGUGGAGGGGCUGGGAGAACCUUUAGCUAGCUUAGGGACCUUGGUGCUUUUUGACCUCAAAGCCAAGGAUGGGAACAUAAACGUGGAAAAGUAUUAUGUCUCCUUUUUCUUCCCACAAGGAGCUUGAACACUGAACUUUUAAAAAUCUUUUCUGUCAUAUUUUAGCAAUAUUUUUUUGUCCUUACCCUACACAUUGUAAGUCGUGUGGAGAAACUUUCCUGCUAAAAAUUAUUACUGAGGUCACAAAAACUGGCUCAUACUGAAUUUAGAUUGCUUGAUUGUUAAAGUGGACUCUGAUUUCAUAUGUCCCUGCUGUACAGCAUACAGUAUAUUGACAUUACCUCAAACUCAGGGACCCCACAGGCAUAGAGGAAACCCUUGUUCUGAGACCAGGUUAGAAGUGGAAGGUAGUGAUGGGUUUUGGCCAAGCCUCCGGAAGGGGUAGUAUCUGUAUUGAGAGACUGUUGAGAUCAGGAGGAGGCGAUGCCCAGGUUCGCACUCUGGGGUCCCUAAGACAUUCUCACUGAGUGAGGUGGAGGGCCAGAGGCCGCUACAGAUGCCCUUUGGGAAAGGUGCAGGGAUCCUCAGCUGCAGACCCAGGGAAUCCCUCCAAGUGCAGCCGGAGUCAGUCCCUGAUCCCUGCCCGAAAAGCAGCUGUCACUGCUUUGUAUCCUCCAGUGUCUGGGGAAUGUUGUGCCUGUGGCAUCCUGCCUUAGUCUUCAUUUUCCAAACCUGUCACUGUUUCCACAUUGUGAUGACAGGUUUCUUAAAUCCCUCAUUGCUCAGCCCCAGGUUUGGGGGGAACUGAGUGUCUGGCUGCCCAAGUCUUUUGGGCCAUUGUGUAACCUUGCUUAUAUGUCACUCCUCUCUCUGGGCUGUGCUCAUUCUCUCACAGUGCUGUGGCAAACUUGUACGUACAUGUGCGCACACGUGUACUUACACAAUAUCUCAUCUGCCUCAGGUCUUUAAAAAUUACAAAAAGAAACAAUUUAUGUCACCGGUUGGAAUGAGUUGCAGCUAAGAUGGUUUGAGCUACUGAGAUCUAGCUCUAAUGUUUGGAUUCAUUACAGCAAAUUCCCAUAAAUCAUAUUUAUUUACAUUAAUGUGACAACACAUUAACAAAAAUGGAGCAAUCUGAAUUGUAUAAUGCGAACUAAAGAGGCAGUAAAGUGACAUAUGAAUAUGUUUUGCAAAUGUCACAUUAAUUAAAAAUAGAUAUGAUUGCUUUUAUUGUUUUAUUUUUAAAGUGGGCAUUCUUCAUUGUUUCCAGACCUCUGUAUGUAUUUUUUUUUUUUCAUCAAAUAAGGUGGUGUUUUGGUCCUCUAUAGGUAGAGGUUAUGUUUAAAUACAACCAUUCAGGCCGUAGUGCAAAGAAGUUCUGUCUUGGUGCUUAUCAUUGGUAUAAUUAUUAUUUUCGCUUUCCUAACUUUGCUCUUAAGAGAAUAAAUCUGUAGUUUUAUUGAUGGAAUAUUUCUAGUCACAUACUGUCAAAAUUUUUUACAUUGUACAAGUGAAGAUUGUUUUCAGGGUUAAAUGAUUGGUAUUAAUGUAUAUAGAGUAAAGUUAUUGGAAAAUUUUAAAAUGAGUUUUCUUAACUUGGUGUCUUUUUAAAUAUUCUGAAAAAUAUAUGAACAUGACAAACCUUUAGUCAGAAUAAGCCAGUAUGUUACAAUUUGUUCUUUUAGAUUUUAUAAUCAGGGUUUGAUUAUAAAUAUUUAUGACCUCAAGCUUGUACUAUUUUAGUUGUUUUAAAAGAAUGGCAAAUGGCUCAUGAACUGUUUUUGUUUGUUUGUUUUAAUUUUUGAUGUGAAUUCCAUUGUUGAUUGACCAUGUAUAUUCAUGUGAAUGUACUAUCUCUUGUUCCCCAUUACCUGACUAAUGUGACUAGAUGUGGAUUCAUAUCAAAUUCUUAAAAUGGUUCUCCUUUGCCUAAUAAUCUCAAAGUCUUCAUUUUGGUACAGUAGAGUCACAGCUUACAAGGUGGUUAGGUUUUAAAGACUGUGCCUAAGGAAGAAAUCGAGACUGCUCAAAAUGAUGCUUGAAAAUCUCUUCAAUUGCCAAUAAAGUUCUACGUAUAGUCUUACAAUUAGAACCCCUGUAGAGUGAUACAUGGGUAUGAAUAUUUUAUGAAUA